UCUAGAACCCGGAGGGCGGGAGAGGCGCCUGCAGGGUCCCCAGAGAGAGGAGAAAAGACUUUGUUCCAAGAUUUCCCGGAACUUCCUCGUCCCCACCGCGACUUGCAUCCCGAGCCCUCCGCGGCCUCCCAACUUUCAGACGCCCCUCUGCGGUUCUGCUCCCUUCGGGACUCCCGGGGGCCCUCGGACGCCCCCUAACUCCCCAUCGCCCCUGUCCUUUAAAAUCUCUUUUGAUUCCUCAACUAUCCCUCAGGUCCGCAGGACUCCUCCAUGGCCAGGUCGUACGGCGGCCGGGUGCUGACCGCAAUGAUCCUGUUGGGCAUCCCCGCGGCGGUGCUGGCGGCGCUGGGCGCUCAGCUGCUGUUCCAGCUGCAGGCGGGCCGCGCGGAGCUUCGGGGACCGCGAAUCGACGGCCUGGGCCCAGAGCUGGGGACCGGCCCGGGGCUGCCAGAGGACGCAGCCGGAGCGCUGCUGCCGCUAGCCGCCGCGCUCGCCGCGCUCGCCCUGGUUCUAGGUCUCACCUGCCUGCUGCUCGCCGCGCUCUGCGGCCACCUGGGCGCUGAGAUGGCGCGGGGACCGGGCCCUGGCAGGUCCGACUGGUUUCUCUAUGACUGCCGCCUCCUCAGACACGUAGCCCUUGGUCUCUUCUGUUGUGGGAUCUCUGUCUACUUAGCAGCACUGUCCAUCUAUGCUCUGCUGCUCUUCGAGAUUGAGACAGGUGCAGCGGCUGCCUCUGUUCUUGGCUUGGGUGCUCUGGUCCUGGUAGCAGUGCUGACCCACACUCUGCUCCGGGCUGCCCGGGCCACCCGCCGUGGCCUCCGUGAGCUGUCCCUGCCACAAUUUGAAGAUGACCCUGUCCGCCCUGCUGAAGUCUCCAAGGCCAGCUCCGGGGCUCAGCCCCAGCAGGGUAUCCAUCACUGGACCCCCUACUCAUCUUGCCCAGAACCUGGGGACUCCCUCAGACCCACAGUCACUGCCACAGCACCUGCAACCAUGGGGGGAGGCUGGGAGAGCCGCCUGCCCACAUCUCACAUACAUCGAACACUGUCUGCCAGUGAGGGGCACUGGGAAGAGGUCACACAUGAGAUGCGCAACAUCCUGGGCCACAGGCCAGGGGUAUCAGGGAAGGACUCCACCUUGGUGUGAACCCAAAAAUCAGAGAUAGAGACCCAGUGUCAGGCAGUAGGAAAAGGACACCUGUAGAGAAAGGUCCAGGCAGCCACAGUAGCAAUGCAACUUGAUUUCCCUCUCAGUUCACAGCAUCCUUGACUUUUGUCCUCAAAGUUGCCUCAUGGCACAAAAUAGCUGCCAGGGAUCCAGCCCUCACUUCCUUACUCAGAGAGAAAGACAGAGGCCAGGACUAGCUCAGAAGCUUUUGGAAGUCUUCCUGAGAGGCCUUGGGACGCUUCUGCUUAUAACUCACUGGCCAGAACAAGGGUCAUGUAGCCACAUUUCACUAUAGAGGAGACUAGGAAAUGUAGCUGUCUAGAAUGAACAAAAUUCUCUUAUACGCAGGAGGAGAGGGGAGGGCUUAGGCAACAGUUCUCUAAACAGCUCCAUCCAUUUUACAGAUGAGGAAACCAAGGCCCAGAGAGGGGCAGUGACUCACCAAGGGUCCCACGGCCAGUACUGAGCAUC